AUGCUGCGGGCCACAUGCACUCCUCGGCGGGUGACUACGCUGCAGGGCAACCUCUACCGUCCCAUCUUCCUUCGCUUCGUAGGGAUUCCGCCAUAUGGCGAAGACCCUCACCAAGUGCUCGGAGUGUGCCCAGGUGCCUCCGCCGCAGAGGUCCGUGCAGCAUACCUCAAAUCUGCGCUGCGCACGCAUCCAGACCUGGCCAGCAGCUCUGCUGAGGCGGCCAAGCAAAGCGAGGCAUUCCGGCGAGUCGCGGAGGCAUAUCAACAGCUCCGCAACCCUCGAGGAUCACAAGCAUCGGUCGGCUCCGCUCCAAAGGAGGGCUGGCUCCGCUUCUGUUCCGUCAGCCAGGAGCAGGCAGAGAAACUUUUUCGCGACGCCUUCAACGGCCGAGGCUUGGACGAGAUGCUUCAAGAGGAAUUGGGGCGAGUGGGGCUGAAGCCAGGAGUUCACGCUGCAGCUGUCCGCGAAGGCAUUUUGGCUCGACUUCUCCGCUCCGCGCAGGCAGCUUCACGGCUGCCUUUGCCCCAAGAGGUCACCGACAAGCCGCGUCCAGAAGAGAACUGGCCACGACUGGACGUUCAGAGGGAGCCCUUCGUGGGCAACGAUGGGCACAAGUGGGUUCGCAUCUACACCACGACUCGAUGGCCAAAUGGAAGGAAGGAGGAGCACGUCCUGGAGAAGCCUGUGUACAGAAUGUGA